AUGGAAGACCCAAGGUACCCCAACGCAACGCUCCUGAACGAGCAGGAGCUGUGCACCCUGGAGACAUGCCCCAUGAGUAUGGCCUCAGUGGGAUAUCUCCCCGUCUUCUGGGGCCAGAUCCUCUUCAUCGCCAUCUUCGGCGCGGUUCUCAUCGCCCAUAUCGGCCUGGGCAUCCGCUACAAAACAUGGACCUUCAGCAUCGCCAUGUUCUUCGGCCUCAUCGGUGAAGUUGUCGGCUACGCUGGCCGCAUCAGCUUGCACGACGACCCCUUCAACGGCGACGCCUUCCUCCAAUACCUCGUCGCCCUAACCAUCGCCCCAGCAUUCCUCACGGCAGCCAUCUACCUCACCCUCUCCCGUGUCGUCGUCGCCUACGGUGAAAAGAUCUCCUACUUCAAGCCUCGCACCUACACAAUCACAUUCAUCACCUUCGACGUCAUCGCGCUCGUCCUCCAGGCUCUCGGCGGCGGCAUCGCGUCCUCCGCCCCAGACGACGACAAGGACCAGAGCGAUCUCGGAGUCAACAUCAUGAUCGCCGGUCUUGCGUGGCAGGUCGUCAGCCUGUUCAUCUUCACUGCCAUGUCCUCGUACUUCUUCCUGCGCGUGCGCAAGGCACCACGCUCAGACUUCAACAUUGAAUUCGAUGCUCUCCGCGCAAAGCCCUUCUUCAAGGCAUCCCUGAUUGGUCUCGGCGUCGCAACAUUGGUCAUCAUCGUCCGAUCGAUUUUCCGAUGCGCUGAGCUGUCCGAGGGCUUCGAUGGUGAACUUGCCAACGAUGAAGUCACCUUUAUGAUCCUCGAAGCGGCUAUGAUUGCCAUUGCAGUCAUUUGCUUGACUGUCUUCCACCCCGGUCUUGUAUGGAAAGCCCAGUGGCACCGGGCUGUCUGGUCGACUCGUGGAAAGGGUGGUGACUACAGCAAGGCUGCUGCUGGGGACUCGGAGAUUUCGCUUACGCAGACGGACCCCUCGCGUAACUGGUACCAGCGUGAGAGUCAUGCUGUUUAA